AUGCCGCGCAUGUCAAGCUCAUCCAUGCAUGCAAGCACGCCUGUGCUUGUGAUCACCCCCAGCACCCUCCCGCCGGAGGAGAUGGAGUACUACCGCGGGCUGCAGGAGCAGGACGAGGCAGCUGCCGACCAGCUGCCCGAGUGGCUGCAGCCGCGCGACGCGCGGGAGAAGGCCCGGAUCAAGUGGCUCGUGAGCUGCGGGCCCUGA